AUGAAUGUUAUAUUUGAUUCUCCUAAACCUGAAGAGGCUAGUUCUCUAUCAAUUUAACAAUCUGAAAAUGAGGAAGAUAGUACUUUUCCUUUAACAAAAACAAUUAAGAAUAUGCUUAUGUUUAUGGUGAUUAAAGAAAUUCUGAUGUGCACAAUUUAGCCCAUUUAUAAAUUCAGGAAUUGAUAUCAGACAUCUUUUAACCAUAAAUUCUACAUGCUCUGUAUUUACCUGCUCCGAAACCUUGGGAAUAAAUUGGAUCAGACAUUAAAUUCAAAUUUCCUCCACCUUUAACUAAGAAUAAAAGAAUACUAUAGAACUACUUAAAUUGUGUUUUCAAAGAGUUUGUUAGAUUAUUUUAGAAAUUAUCAAGAAUUUCAAAGAGAUUGAAAAAACAUACUUCAAAAGUCAAUUAAGAUAAUAAUGUUGACUAUGAAACUGCUUUAAUGAAUAAAGCUUAAAAGGAGAAGAUUAAUAUAUAUGAGGAAUAAUACUCUUAACAAGAGGAUUCAAUUUCAAAUUCUUCAAUAACAUGA